UACAACUGGCAGGCGACCAAGGCGUCGCUGAAGGAGCGCUUCGCCUUCCUCUUCAACUCGGAGCUGCUGAGCGAUGUGCGCUUCGUGCUGGGCAAGGGCCGCGGCGCCGCGGCCGCCGGGGGCCCGCAGCGCAUCCCCGCCCACCGCUUCGUGCUGGCGGCCGGCAGCGCCGUCUUCGACGCCAUGUUCAACGGCGGCAUGGCCACCACGUCGGCGGAGAUCGAGCUGCCAGACGUCUAGCCCGCCGCCUUCCUGGCGCUGCUGAGAUUUUUAUAUUCAGAUGAAGUUCAAAUUGGCCCAGAAACAGUUAUGACCACUCUUUACACUGCCAAGAAGUAUGCAGUCCCAGCCUUGGAAGCACAUUGUGUGGAAUUUCUCACCAAACAUCUUAGGGCAGAUAAUGCCUUUAUGUUACUUACUCAGGCUCGAUUAUUUGAUGAACCUCAGCUUGCUAGUCUUUGUCUAGAUACAAUAGACAAAAGCACAAUGGAUGCAAUAAGUGCAGAAGGGUUUACUGAUAUUGAUAUAGACACACUCUGUGCAGUUUUAGAAAGAGACACACUCAGUAUUCGAGAAAGUCGACUUUUUGGAGCUGUUGUACGCUGGGCAGAAGCGGAAUGUCAGAGACAACAAUUACCUGUAACUUUUGGAAACAAACAGAAAGUUCUAGGAAAAGCACUUUCUCUAAUCCGAUUCCCACUGAUGACAAUUGAGGAGUUUGCAGCAGGUCCUGCUCAAUCUGGAAUUUUGUCAGAUCGUGAAGUGGUAAACCUCUUUCUACAUUUUACUGUCAAUCCUAAACCCCGAGUUGAAUACAUUGACCGACCAAGAUGCUGCCUCAGAGGAAAAGAAUGCUGCAUCAAUAGAUUCCAGCAAGUAGAGAGCCGCUGGGGUUACAGUGGAACAAGUGAUCGAAUCAGGUUCACAGUUAAUAGAAGAAUCUCUAUAGUCGGAUUUGGCUUAUAUGGAUCUAUUCAUGGUCCCACGGAUUAUCAAGUGAAUAUACAGAUCAUUGAGUAUGAGAAAAAACAAACCCUGGGACAAAAUGAUACUGGAUUUAGUUGUGAUGGGACAGCUAACACAUUCAGGGUCAUGUUCAAAGAGCCCAUAGAGAUCCUGCCCAACGUGUGCUACACAGCGUGUGCAACACUCAAAGGUCCAGAUUCCCACUAUGGCACAAAAGGAUUGAAGAAAGUAGUGCAUGAGACACCUGCUGCAAGCAAGACGGUUUUUUUCUUUUUUAGUUCCCCUGGCAAUAAUAAUGGCACUUCUAUAGAAGAUGGACAAAUUCCAGAAAUAAUAUUUUAUACAUAAUUUAGCACUGUACUACACCUUGGCUAAACAACACCAUACCAUCUAGUGUCAAAAGCAUAAAUAACUGGUCACAAAAAAUAGUUUUGAGUGCUAAGAAUAUUUAUAAUUGUAAGAUAAGAAACAUUUUAGUUUCUUAGAAGAGGUAGAAAAAUGAUUUAAAUCUCUGCAUGAUUCAAAAGCAGAUUUUUCAUUUUCUUAUAACCUUAGGGGAAAAGGAGUGGGUUUAGUUGUUUUUAAAAAGUACAGCUAUUUCUGCUUCAUCUUGUAUAAUUUCAUAAAUCAGCUGGCUCAUGAUCUUUCAAUAGUUUUGGAGUUGAAAGAUUCUUGUUAUAUAUAGCUGGUUUGCUUUUUUGUUUUUGUUUUAACUUUUGAAGGUUAGAUGAGUUUGGGAAAUAGGCUGAACUGUUUUGAAGGUUAGAUGAGAUAAGAUGGGUCAGUAUUCCUACAGAAUUCUUAUUAACUCAAAUAGCUAAUUUCAGAAAAUUAAGAAAACUGACUUUAUAUUUGGGUGUUUGAAAUAUCUGGUUGUUAGCAUUGAGAAUUCUGCUUUAAAAAAAAAAAGGCCUAGUAAAAUGCCCAGGAAAAUUUUCAAUGCAUUUACAGAAAAGGAUAUUCUGUAAUAGUAUAGUAAUGUGUUACAUAAGCUCAGUUUUAAAACUAUAAGUGGAGUUGGUGUAAAUUCACAAUAAUGUGACAUAAACACGAUCUAAAGGUCUAAUUCAAGACUGGAUUCUUUAUCGCCCACCUGUACCACUGUAUGUAUCCGUCUGCAUGGGGGAUGUUGAUGGUGGUUUCCAAGAGUGAGCUGGCGAUGCUGAUGACAACUAGGUAAACAGACGUCACUUCAACAUUGAAUAACCCUGCACAGCAAGAAACCAAACAACACUAACACUUCUGACAGCUAUUCUGAAACUGUGAAGAUAUCCAGGAGAAUACUCCUGUUGUGAAAAGUGUGCUUUCUGCCACUUACACGUUUCUAUACAAGAAGUAAAAUGUAUCUCACAUUCAUGGCCUCAUUAAUGUCACUCGUACAGCUGUAUUAGGAGAUGGGAAGUAUAUCUGGCAGAAUGACAUUUAUAUACCUUUUUUAUCAAGCAAAUUUUGAAAUAGAGAUAACAUUCAUCUUUUUUUCCAUAAAGAGAUUCUCAUAAAAAAUUUUUUGAGUGUAAUUAAGGUAUAUCAAAUAGUUGUGGAAAAUAAUUAAAAAUCAAAAUUCCUUUAGGUAUCAACUUAAAAAGAAUUUUUUCUAAAUAAAAAUUAGGAUAUUAAAAAAUGUCCUCUAAAGUAGUAUUUCAGUUUGUAUUUUCAAGAAAGUAGUGAGGUGCAUUGGUGGCUGAGGUCUCUGUAAAUUGCUAAAGGAAAGGGAAAUUUUUCUAUCUCUGGCAACGUCCUUAUGGGUAUAAACCUCAGUUAACUGGAAUACCUGUGGAAAGUGUUGUUCUGGUUAACUAAAGAUUAACCAGUAAACACUGUUGUAACCAUUAUAUAAAAUACUUCUGCCUUAAAAACGAUGGUAUGCCAGAGAUAAUUUAAUGUUUCUUGCCAUUUGAGGCAUUUCAAAUGCCUCAAGUGUGUUGUGCUGAACAACGAUUGUAACUGGAUGUAGCCAUAGGAGGGACAAGAAACGAACUUGUUUACUAACAUUGGGACAUCCGCUGGAAUUUUUUUAAAAAUAAAUAUAUCCUUUUAUUUUU